AUGUCGCGACUUCGUUUCCUUCUGCUCGUAACUUUGUACAUCGUCAGCUGGCUCGGCGCGGCCACAGCGGAUGGGCUUAUUCCCAGCGAUCAUGCAUCGCAACCUGCGAAAGACGGUGGAUCGGCCCAUACGAAUAACUGGGCAGUCCUAGUAUGCUCUUCGCGAUAUUGGUUCAACUAUCGGCACAUGGCGAAUGCGUUGGGGAUGUACCGCACCGUGAAACGGCUAGGGAUUCCAGACUCAAACAUCAUCUUGAUGCUCGCGGACGACGCGGCGUGCAACACGCGCAACAAGUUCCCCGGCUGCGUGUAUGCGAACCAGGGCCGGCAUCUCGAUCUGUAUGGAGACAACAUCGAAGUGGACUACAGGGGAUAUGAGGUGACGGUCGAGAACUUCCUCAGAGUGUUGACGGGUCGUAUGGAACCCUCCGUUCCCCGUUCGAAGCGCCUACUCACAGACGAUCGAUCCAAUAUCUUCGUUUACAUGACGGGACAUGGUGGUAACGAAUUCCUCAAGUUCCAAGACAACGAAGAGAUCAGUGCGUUCGACAUCGCUGAUGCCUUCGAGCAGAUGUGGCAGAAGAAGCGCUACAAUGAAAUAUUGUUCAUGAUCGACACUUGUCAGGCGAACAGCAUGUUUUCGAAGUUCUACUCUCCUAACAUCCUUGCGACGGGGUCUUCCGAGGUCCAUGAGAACUCUUACUCUCAUGAGAAUGACUAUGAGAUUGGCGUGGCCGUCAUCGACAAAUUCACGCAUUACAUCCUCCAGUUUAUGGAGGGAAUCAAUAAGACGAGCCAGGCGUCAAUGAAAGAUCUCUUUGACACCUACGACUUCAAGAAGAUCGAGUCGCAUGCGGGCGUGCGCUCAGAUCUCUUCAAUCGUCCUCUGGAAGAUACACUGGUGACAGACUUCUUCGGCGGCGUAGCGCAGGCGGAAGUCUUGUCCUCUGCGAUUGACGGGCCCGUCUUGGAACCCGACGCCCAGCUUACUUCCUCCGCCGAGGCCGAGCUUGAGCUUGACAUGGACAUGCCAUUCUUCGGGCUUCCAACAGAGACAGCAAACAGUUCUGCUGCUGGAGCGCCGCCUCUAACCAGUCACGGUAGCCCGGACCUAAACCUGGAGGACAUCAUUGUUGCGGCUUCUUACAGCUCGCAUAGUACAUGGGCCGCAAAGGCCAGAGGUCUCAGGGCAUGGACAUCUAGCUUGCUGGUGUUAGCCUUGAUCGGUUGGCCCGUCCUGUUCUGCCUUGACCUAUUCUCCGUUCAAGUACAACAUUGGCUACCUGACCCGCACAUAGCACCCGGCAGGGUCAUCGCUCUCGAGACAUAUCAAUCCGCGUUCCCCAUCAACGACCCACAUCAAUGGGUACCCGUCCUCCCAAGCUUCCUCUUUCCAUUCUUCGUGCCAGUGCAAGCUCACGACGGUGCCGCUGAGGUCAUGGAAGGCAUCGUUGGUGAUGCAUGGGCAUACCACGAAAGCGGAAAGGACUCGUUCAAUUCGUCCCGACUCGAUGAUUGCCUUGACCUGACGCCCCAGUCAGCAAACGAAGCUCUGCGACGAAGGCUCGUCUAUUUGCCUUAUCGAUCAUCGGGCUUUGUCUUCCCUGCAUACCAACCAUCGUCCCGAAACCCUUCCAUCUGGCUACCUCCGCGAUCUCCGUAG